AUGAACCAUGAGGAAGGACAUGAACCAACUGAACCAUCAGAUGGAACUGGGGAAGUGAAAAGAGUUGAGGCAGCUGAUAACAAUGUUCAUGAAGCUAAGGCUGAUAAUGUUAUUGAACCAUCACAUAAAACUGGUAAUCUGGACAGAGAACUGGCAACUGAUAACAGUGUUCAUGAAGUAAAUGCUGAAAUUGUUGGUGAGGAAUCUGUAGAAGGUGAAGUUAAUGGGACUGAGGCUGAAAUGACGGAGAGUGUACAAGGCAUUCAUGAUGAAAAUAUUGCAGAAAAUUGGGUGGAAGAACACAAUGGUGAUAAGAAAAGCAGUCUUGGGGAUAGUAAUAAUUCAGAGAGUGGAUGUGGUGAUGAGGAAAUUGUUGAAGGUACUGAACAGUUGACUUUGUGUUCAGAAGUGGAAACUCCACAACCAAUGAGUACAGAGGAGACAGAUGAGCUCCUGGAGUUUUGUUUCCUGUGUUCAAUCAAGGCCUCAUUGAAGAAGACUGAUCUGCCCCUGGCGACUGGAACGUUCUACAAGAACCACAUGCUCAAAUACUGUCCAAAAGGAAAAUACCUGGAUAUCAAGAAAUCUUCAUAUAAAAAGCUGUCGAAGUUUCUUCAAAAGCAACAGAAGUCGGGUAUAAUAUUGGUCAAGGAGGUGACCAAGGGCGUUGAUGCAGUAGUGGAGAUUGACAAAUCACACGAGCUUUUAUGUGGUCUAGAGGUCCCAGAGAUGGUUGUUCAGGAAACUGGUGCUUCGUCGAAGGACUCAUUCAAGCCGCCUCAGAUAUCUGAGAUGUUUGCAGUCACAGCCAACAUACUCCCCCUUGUCAAAGGCUUUGGAUACAACAAAGGCAGUACCCUCAAAAGUGCUGACCUAAGAACAGCCUUAGUGGAAUAUGUGAAACAAAACAACUUGCAGAGUGAAACUAAUAAAGGAGAGGUAGUGCUUGACCCAUUGCUUGCGGAAAUCUGUCUGACCAGGGCAGAAGGGGACAAGUCGACCUUGAGAUGGGAGGAGGUCACAUCAAGGGUGUUGAACAAGAUGAGCCCAGUGUUCCAGAUAGAGUUUCCAGACCGCCCGCCCCUGGUCAGAAAGGGGAAAGUGGAGCCAAUUACCAUUGAUGUGGUACAGAGGGCAGCAAACAAAAAGGCCACAAUAAUUGAGAACCUGGACAUCUAUGGGAUAGAUGCAAAGGAGUUUGGUCACCGGGUUCAGGUCAAGGUCGCGUGUAGCGCCACGGUGAACCCCUCACAGCAGAAGAACAAGGGGCCACAGGUUGUCGUGCAGGGCAAUCAGGUGCAUCAUGUGGCAGAACUUUUAUCAGAUGUGUACAAGAUUCCCAAGAAGUACCUCAAAGGCACCGAGAAGGCUCCUAAAAGAAGAUGAUGUGGAUUAUAUUGAUCUGGAUGAUCAUCUGUUUCAUAAUAAUUAAUAAAAUACUCCAAACUGA